AUGGCAUCUCACCCACGGUCUCAGACAUCUGCAAUGGGCAGCCUCAUCCAACGCCAUCCCCUCCAAAAACUACAUUCUCCCUCGCGAGGUGCCUCGGCAUUGCUUCACUCAGUCGGCCUCGCAAGUUUCGCGUACAGCUUCAAUUGGCUCAACACGCACCCCAACCAUAUCAACAGUGCGUAUGGCUGGCAUUUCCAGUACCUCACCAUCAUCGGCCUGACGCUCGCCACCAUCACAUUCACUUUAGGCCUGUUGGCUGAUCUAACUUUGUCACCGAGAUUAUUUGCCGCCAAGAACAUCUCGAGCAUGUGUUCAGCUCCGAUGGAGGUGCUGGUUAGUCUCCUCUACUGGGGUUUGAGGGCGAUUGAUCCCGACUUGGUUGUGCCGAAGGAGCUCCAGCUACCUCUCCCUACAGAUAUAAGUUUCCAUCUCACGCCUUCGGCUCUGUUACUUCUCGACCUCCUGCUCUUCAGUCCGCCUUGGACUAUCACUGUCUUACCCGCUAUUCUCCUCAGUACCGUCAUCGCUUUUCUGUAUUGGUUUUGGAUUGAACUGUGCUACUCUUACAAUGGAUUCUAUCCCUAUCCAUUAUUCGCCAUGUUGAAUCAAACUCAACGCGUUGGGUUGUUCGGAGCGAGUGCCGUGGUCAUGGCAGGCAACACAGUCGUGUUGAAGUGGGUUCACUGGAAUGUUAACGGGUUUAAGAAGGGCGGGGCGGAGAUGCCGGGAAGACUGAAGGGUUGA